GGAUAGAAUUAGAAUGAAUCGCCAGAACCAACCUAUAGCUCAAUCUAAGAGAAGCCCUAGGUCCAAUAACAUUGACCCACAAUAGAUUUGGGCCUUGAUCAAGCGCUUCUGUCUCCCCUGUUCGGUUCGUGGACUGGGCCCGCUAGUGAUGGAUUUCGAUCCCUCGAGGGUCGACGGAAGAGCAAUUGAGGGAGGGAAUUUGAUGGGCGGUUUUCGCUCAGGAUCUAAAAUUGCUGUCACGGCUAUCUUCGAGUUUUCUGACUUCAACUGGAAGAACAGGUCAGGGGUAACUAAAGCUCCGACUCCGACUAACAAUUCGCGCUCUGAGAAUACAGAUUUUGCCAACCCUUUCAGAGCGGGAGCGUGAGGCUAUCGCCGGCGAUUUCCCCGCCGCCGCAGAAUCAUCACCGCCGUGAAUCAGAAUGAUGAAAAGUGCGGACAAGAAAAGGAAGAAGGAGAGUAAGAGGUGCGAGUUUGAAUUCUGCAAAGUAUGCAAUCUCAAUCACGACCACGGCAACCGCCACAAGUACUUCCCCAACCACACCAAAUCGCUCUCCACUUUCCUCCAUCGGUUCCAGACCAAGCUCUCCGACAUUCGCUUCUUCCUCAGAAACCCUACCACUCUCCGUCCCGAGCUCGCCUCUCGCAAUCGCUUCUGGUGCGUCGUCUGCGAUGCUGAAGUCGACGAGAUCGGUAGCUCAUUCGCCUGCGCGAAUGCAAUUAAUCACCUUGCAAGUGCGGAUCAUGCCAAAAAAUUGAAGCAUUUUCUAUGGAAAUAUGGUGGUGGGAUGGAUCACGCGGACAACUUUCGGUUCUCAGAAGCUGAUUUAGCCAAGUGGGAGAAGAAGUGCCAUUCACUGAACGACGGAUCUUCAUCAUGUAGUGAUCGAACUAAUGGGCUGCAAAUCGGACCUUCAAAUGAUAUCCAGAAUGAGCUCAGCUAUAAGAGCAUUAAUGACUUUGAAAACAAUGAUUUGGGUCCUCUUACUCCAAAAUUUCUAAAUAAUGUUUUGCCUUUACAAUACAAUACGCAUAAGUAUCAGAUAUCACAGUCAGGACACCCAGCAACAGCCGCUGAUGGUAGAAUUGUUUGUGGUGCUCACAUCACUGCAUCUGGAAAUGCGUGUUCAACUUCAGACAGGUGGAAUUCAAACAACAUAACAGGUUGGCAAAACAGUCAGCAUUGCAUCCCUCACACAGAUGCGGUUGGCACAAGUAAUUUUGGGAAUGGAGGAGGUAAACACAUGGCCAUUGGAGGGAGCAAUUUACACGGUUUGGCUACUAUUGCUCAAGUCUCUGUCAAUGCUCCCGGGCUGGCAGAAGGAAAUGUGCACACAGGAGCACCUCCUCCUUGGCUUGAGAUGACAGUGGAACAUCAUCCUGAGGAUACCUCUGUUCCUAGUAAGAAAGGGAAAUCCAAAUUGAAUCCAAAACGGGUAGGUGCAGCUUGGGCAGAAAAGAGAAAAGCCGAACUUGAGAUGGAGAAGAGAGGAGAGAUUGUCAACAGUGAUUGUGGCCCCAACUGGUUACCAAAUUUUGGUAGAGUUUGGCAGUCUGGGAGUCGCAAGGAAUCUCUCAAAGAAUUUGAAAGUGAAAAACCGGAGCUUCCCAAAGUUGAAGUUGAUCCUGAAAUGCCGAUUACACUACGACCUUACGUCAGUAAGCGAAUGCGAGAAGAUACAAAUAAGUGAUGGAAAAUGUAGUUUGCGGUGUAUGAUUGAUGAGGAGUGUAACUGAUAUUAAGUAUGUAGAAAUUUCUCUGCCGUACUUCCCCAAAAUUUUAGUUGUUACAAGCUGUCUCUUUCAUUUGACGGUUGGCAAGGGGCUGCCAUUAAUCUCAUCAACAGAAACAAACAGGCUUGUCUAUGGUGUAAUCUAAAUGUUGCUUACAUGUACACACUUUUCAGGUUGACGUUAUUCUUCUGUGGAGGUGAAUUGUGUCCGGUUGUCAAUGGAGAAGACAGUCAUGGGCCCGGAUGGAAUGUGGCAACCAAAUGGAAUGGAGAAGGAAUGUAUUUCGGGCAUGCAAAAGAUUGAAGGUGAAAUGUGGCUGUUAGGAAUUUAACUCAGGAAACAGUAAGUUCAAUUUUGUUGUUGUAAGUAGUGAACAGCCUUGCCUUUCCACUUGCUCUCUACUGCAUCUUCCUGUGCAACACUCAACUCUACCUCCUACAGCAAGAUCACAAGGUCACUUCAUUGUGAAACCAGACACCGUUUCGUCUUUGAACACUAGUUUGAAACUGUUAUUUUAAUGAGAAAUUGGAUUGUGGCACUAUUCUGUACAUGCAUCAAGAAGGCGUGAGGUUGGGCGUUGAGACCUUGCCUAGGGUUUGGUAGAAAAACACGAGCCUGCAGGUUGAAUUCAGAAGUUGGGAGCUCGAGGCUUUAUCCAUACCACAGUCUGCAGUCUCCCUGGCAUGCUUCAGCAGCUGGUAUGGAGUACUCAACUUUGUGGAUCCAGGUGGCAUUGGAUCUUGCUUAUCUUCUCGGUGUCAUCCUCCAGAAACAAAGUGUUGCCCCCUGAAUUGAGGGAGGAGAGCUUUAUGUACUGUAUUCCCAGGCCAAAGAUCAGCAGAUUGCAUGGCGCUUUGCUCUCUACCUGCUGAGAUUUGAAACAUUCUAAAACAUGCAUAAAUCUAGCGUAGAAUUGAAUCUCAGGCGAUGUAAACGCCACAAAAAUCACAAGAUAAUGGGGUAAAUCGUGUGUAAUUAAUUAUGCCCAAAUCAAUAUUUUUAAAUUUU